CCCUAAUUUCACACACAUCACUCUCUUCACGUCUUCACUUCACACUCUGCAUCACUAUAUAUACUUUUUCUCAUUAUACAUUCCAAUCAUUAUCAAUCUAUUUUCAAAUUCCUCAAAUGCAUGUUAUCGACAUGAUCAUGAUUUCGUUAUUUUCUUGCAGGGAAAUUUGAGGGGAAAAUUCCCUCUUUUUUUUUGUUUCUUUAAUUUUAUUUUUUGAGGAAUUAAGGGUUGGGAUUUAUGUCCUUCAAUCAAUCAAAGUCCGAUAAGAGCGACACUGCGCACCGACGCUCCGCCCGAUCCGCCAGCUUUAAUCAGCACCGAGGUAACUCCGGCGGUUCUUACGUUAAGGCCGGCACCGGCGCGGCCGCGCCUUCACCCGCACUCUCGUCUUCUCGGAGUUUUAAUAAGAAGUCUAAUAAUCAUGCACAAGGUGGGCCGCCUAUGGUAAAGCCUACCCCGGCAAAUGCGAAUUCAGCUGAGUUAAAUUAUGCUUCUGUAGUCCGAGCAACACCAAAUGGUUCCCAUGUACAACCGCAAUUUCAUGGAGGGUCUGAUGCAUCAGUUACAAGUGCAACUACCAAGCCAUCUGAAACAUCAGCUGCCCAGAGGAGCACCAGGGUUGUUCCUAAAGCUCCUAUUUCUCAACCUCCUUCCGUGAUUUCCGAUUCAGCAGCUCCUACGACCCCUGCUAAGGGUGAUGCAUCCAAAGCAUUCCCUUUCCAAUUUGGAUCUAUUAGUCCUGGCAUUAUGAAUGUGAUGACUAUUCCUGCUCGCACAAGCUCGGCCCCUCCUAAUAUAGAUGAGCAAAAGCGUGAUCAGGCUCGUCAUGAUUCUUCAAAACCUGCGCCUUCUGUGCCGACACCUCCUGUUCCAAAGCAGCUUCCUGUUCCAAAGCAGCUGCCAGCUAAUAAGGAUACAGGUGUCGUCGACCAAUCUAAGGGUGGGGAGAUUCAUACUGGUACAAGGGCAAAAAAGGAUACUCAAUCGUCACAUUUACCUCCACCAAGCUUGAUGCACAAGCCUUCUGUUAUUCCUAUAACUGGGAUGUCAAUGGCAAUGCCAUAUCACGAGUCACAUGCACCUGUGCACUUUGGUGUUCCUAAUCCACAGAUUCAACCUCGAAGUAUGUCAACAUCUCUUCAGAUGCCUUUACCAAUUGGAAAUGCUGCGCAAAUGCAACACCAAAUGCAACACCAAGUAUUCGUUCCAAGUCUUCAACCCCAUUCUGUCCAUCCUCAAGGAAUCAUGCAUCAAGGCCAAAAUAUGGGUUUCACUCCUCAAAUUGGUCAUCAAAUGGCCCAUCAGUUAGGCAACAUUGGUAUGGGCAUCAACCCACAAUAUUCUCCUCAGCAAGGAGGAAAAUAUGCUGCUCCUCGUAAAACUACUCCAGUGAAAAUAACUCACCCUGAUACCCACGAAGAGCUUAGACUUGAUAAAAGGGCCAAUGCAUAUUCAGAUGGUGGGUCAUCUGGUGCUAGGCCUCAUUCUGGCAUCCCUUCUCAAUCUCCGCCUGUCCAGUCAUUUCCUGCUUCGCAUCCUAUCAGUUACUAUCAACCCAAUUCUCCCUUUUAUCAAACUCCUAGUUCUCUUCCAUUAUCAAAUAGCCAGAUAACCCCCACUACCCAGCCCCCAAGAUUAAAUUAUACAGUGAAUCGUGGUCCGCAAAAUGUUGGUUUCGUGAAUUCAGUGUCUCAUAAUUCCCUGCCUGUUAAUAAAACCGUCGCUUCUAUUUCUGGCAUUGUUGAACCACCUAAUCGGGAAUUUUCCCGUGAUGUGCCGAAUGCAAUCUCAUCAACUGUGUCAGGAGCCUCUUAUGUGUCUAUAAAGCCAAGUGGGUCUGGCGUUGUGAUCUCAUCAUUUUCCGAUUCAAUUUCUGGUGCUAAAAAAGAUGGAUCUCCUAAUUCCGUGGUAACAUCUAGUGAUGCCAGCGCUUCUUUGCCACCAAAGGAGUCUGGUACUUGUUCUGAAAUCUCUUCCCAACAAUCUACUGUUGCAUCUUCUGAGAAGCUUACAUCAGCGUCCUUGUUGCCUUCUUCAUCUGUCUUGAGUAAGAAUAUGGUUUCAGAUGUAUCCAAAAACGAGGGCAAAAACAAGGAAUCUCUUAGUAGGUCAAAUUCUUUGAAGGAUAAUCAGAAGAAAGGACAAUUGCAGCAUCAGGUGGCUGUACAAUCUUCUGCUGUGGCCAAUGAACCUUCUCUAGCUGUUGAUGGUGGUACCUAUGAUUGUGUAGCUUCUGAAGUUGUAGGAACUAAAACACAUUCUGCAGCAAUUGCCUGUGAAGAUUUAUCAGCAGCAGCUUCAGGCACAUUAUCAGCUGCCAGUGAGAGCCUGCCUUCUGUGUCACUUGAGGAAAAGACCAUUUGUUCUAGACAAGUCUCUGCUUGUGUUUCAGUUGGAGGACCUGUUACUCAAGCCGUUAGUUUGAACAAUCAUAACAGUGCUAAGGUAGAUGAAUUAUCCCAAGAGGAUAAACAAUUAAGACAGACCGUUUCAACUCUUCAGGGAUGUAAAAAUGUUCGUGACGGCGGGACAGAAUUUAAUCAACUCAAACAGGGUGUUAGUGUUACAGAGUUAAACACUGAGGAUGUAACUUUAGAGACUGGACAGCAAGGGCAGGGUGGAUCUGCAAGUUACAUCACAGAAUGUGACAGGAUGGCCGAUAAUUUAAACACGUCUACCUCUACUACAUUGGAUUCUAAAGGUAACUCUUUAAACAGAAAUGAUAGUGUAAAUAGUAAUGAAGCUAUUUCUACAAAUUUUGGCCCAUCAUAUCGACAAUCUUCCGAUCAUUUAGAAACAGCUUCAAAACAUUGCAAGGAUAGUUCAGAGGAUGCUAUUGUUGGCAGUGGCUCGGUGUCUCUUCCAGGUGCACCAAGUACUAUGGACCGACCAAGUUUAGAGCCAAGUAAAGUGAAAGCUUCAUCAAAAGGAAAAAAGAAACGAAAAGAGGUUCUUCUGAAAGCAGAUGCUGCUGGGAUGACAUUUGAUCUUUAUAACGCAUAUAAGCGACCUGAGGAAAAGGAAGAGGCUGUUGUCAGUUCGGAGAAUACUGGAUGUGUUUCUUCUGGAAAUUUGAAGCAGUUGCCUGUGGAUGCUUCUCAGCCAAAUGUAGUUGCAAAUGAACAAUGCAUGCAGAGUAAGGCUGAACUUGAGGACUGGGAGGAUGUCGCUGACAUGUCCACACCGAAACUAGAAGUAUCAAAUAAAACUCAACUGGUUAGCGACGACAGUGCAGUUACUGAAAAGAAAUACUCUCGAGAUUUUCUUUUGAAAUUUGCAGAGCAUUGCACUGAUCUUCCUGAAGGGUUUGAAAUCUCGGCAGACAUGGAGGCUUUGAUGGAUCGUCGUGGGAGUGGUGUUAUUGAGGACGAUAAAUGGAGUAAAGCGUAUGGUGUUAUUGGUAGUGGAGGUAGUACAGGACUUAGACCUAGCCAAGUAGGCAAUUUUGGCGUUUUAAGGAAUCUACGCCCACAGGGAAUGCAAUAUGGGGGAGGGAUUCUCUCUGGGCCAAUGCAAUCCAUGGUAAAUCAGGGAGGAAUGCAAAGAAAUAGCGCUGAUGGUGAAAGGUGGCAGCGUAGUGUUAGCUUCCAGCAGAGGGGUUUAAUUCCAUCUCCUUCUCAAUCUCCUAUGCAGAUGAUGCACAAAGCUGAGAAGAAGUAUGAGGUUGGUAAAGUGACAGACGAGGAACAGGCGAAGCAGAGGCAAUUGAAGGGUAUAUUGAACAAGUUAACUCCACAGAAUUUUGAGAAGCUUUUUGAGCAGGUAAAAGCAGUUAAUAUUGACAACGCAGUCACUCUCACUGGUGUCAUCUCACAGAUCUUUGAGAAGGCCUUGAUGGAACCUACCUUCUGUGAAAUGUAUGCCAAUUUCUGUUUUCAUCUGGCAGCUGCAUUGCCUGAUCUCAGUCAAGACAAUGAAAAGAUAACAUUUAAGAGAUUACUGUUAAACAAGUGCCAAGAAGAAUUUGAGAGGGGUGAAAGAGAGCAAGAAGAAGCUGAUAAAGCUGAUGAGGGUGAGGUGAAACAGUCUGAUGAGGAAAGAGAAGCAAAACGAUCCAAGGCUAGAAGACGAAUGUUGGGUAAUAUCAGGUUAAUUGGAGAACUAUAUAAGAAGAGAAUGCUGACAGAGAGGAUAAUGCACGAGUGCAUCAAAAAGUUACUCGGUCAGUGUCAGAAUCCUGAUGAAGAAGAUAUUGAAGCUUUAUGCAAACUGAUGAGUACUAUUGGGGAGAUGAUUGAUCACCCCAAAGCCAAGGAACAUAUGGAUGUAUAUUUUGAAAGGAUUAAAUUAUUAUCAAACAACAUGAGUUUAUCUUCUAGGGUGAGGUUCAUGUUGAAGGAUACCAUUGAUUUAAGAAGGAAUAGAUGGCAACAAAGGAGAAAAGUUGAAGGUCCAAAGAAGAUUGAAGAGGUGCACCGAGAUGCUACCCAAGAGAGGCAAUCCCAAGCUGGUAGGCUGGGUCGUGGUAUGGGUAUUAGUGCAGCAAGAAGGGUCCCUAUGGAUUAUGGUUCAAGAGGUUCAUCUAUAUUAUCCCCUCCUAAUGCUCAGAUGGGUGGAUUGCCUACUCAAGUUCGUGGUUAUGGUUCUCAGGAUGUUCGUGGUUAUGGUUCUCAGGAUGUUCGUGGGUAUGAAAAGCAAUCUUACGAGGCUAGGACACUGUCUAUUCCCUUGCCUCAAAGGACUUUAGCUGACGAGUCAAUAAACUUGGGACCCCAAGGUGGUCUGGCUAGAGGAAUGUCCAUCAGAGGUCCUCCUGCAGUUUCAAGUUCUACGGGUCUUAAUGGUUAUAGUAAUUUAUCUGAACAGGCUUCAUACAACUCUAGGGAGGACCACCCUCCAAGAUAUGUUUCGGAUAGAUUUUCUGGUCCAAAUGCUUAUGAUCAAUCAAGUGUUCCAGAGCAGAAUAUGAAUUAUAGUAACAGGGACUUGAGAAAUGUAAAUAAUAGAAUUCUUGAUAAACCUGUUUCAAAUCCACCUCCUACCCAAGCACAAGAGACAUCGGGCUCCCAUAAUACCUCUUCAGAAAAGGGUUUGUCAGAAGAGCGACUACAGAACAUGUCCAUGGCAGCAAUUACAGAAUACUAUAGUGCUAGAGAUGUGAGCGAAGUUGUUUUGUGUGUCAAAGAUCUGAACUCUCCAAGCUUUCAUCCUUCCAUGGUUUCUGUCUGGGUCACAGACUCAUUUGAGAGAAAGGACACACAGCGAGAACUUUUAGCCAAACUGCUGAUCGACCUUGUGAAAUUACAUGGUGGCACCUUAAGUCAAGCCCAGCUCAUUAAAGGGUUUGAAUCUGUUCUCAGUACUUUGGAAGAUGUGGUUACGGAUGCCCCAAAAGCACCGGAGUUUCUUGGCCGCAUUUUCGCUAAAGCUAUAACAGAGCAUGUAGUCUCUUUGAAGGAGAUUGGGAGGUUAAUACGCGACGGCGGAGAAGAACCAGGACGCCUCAUACAAAUUGGACUUGCAGCUGAUGUUCUUGGAAGCACAUUAGAAGUGAUACAAAUCGAGAAGGGUGAUGCCUUUUUGACAGAGAUCCAGACAAGCUCCAACUUGCAAUUGCAGACUUUCCAGCCACCAGGACCAACCAAAUCACGAAAACUAGAUAAAUUUAUUUAGAGGAUAUAGAGAUAGUGAAAUUUUAUUCAUGUCUUGGUUUUGCAGAAAAGCUUUUUUCUCGUGAAUCUGUGUUAAAAAUAAUAAUCUUGUCUGCUAUUAUGAAAAAGUACAGUUAAGCAUCAGAAAUUUUGGGCUGAGAUA